GAGUAAAGGAAGAGUCCGACGGGCCAAUCAGAGCAGAGGUUGGCCUGCGGAAGAUCCCUUUAAAAGGACGGGCCGGCGGGACGUUUGGAGCAGAACACCAACCGGUGACAAAAAAACCUCAAAGGGUUCCAGAUCCUCAAGAGUCAAGCACAAGAAGAACACCUACACUCUCCUCCUCAGCCAACAUGAAGACCGUCCUCUCUCUCGCGCUCCUCCUGGCAGCUCUCCUCUUCUCCUCAGACGCCGUGCAAGUCAGAGAUGGCGAGGACAUUUUCUCACUGGAGUCGGUGAAGGUGCUCCAGGAGCUGGCAGGCUCUCUGGACGCCAAGGUGAUGAAGGCCAGCCCUCGGCUCGCCAAGACCAGCUACACCUCCAUCUGCAACCACCCCACGCUGCCCCAGGAGUUUGUGCCCGUGUGCCACCAGGAAGGCGCCUCCAUGCGCCUCGCCAGGCUCGGUGCGGUACCGAUCGAUGUGUGUGAGAUCUGUGCGUUCGUGGCCUGCACCGGCUGUUAAUGGGUUGAAGGAAGUUCUACAGCAUCAGCGACCUGGAGAAACGAGUUCUGACCAUGUGUACUGUUGACGAUCCAAAUCUUCACUCACCCUUCCUCCUCAGGGUGCCUAUACUACUACUACAAAGCUGGAUCAGGAGUAGACCAGGUUAUGUUAAGAGGUAAAUCAUCUAAUACAAGGGCCUGGAGUCCAAGAGCUGGAGUCCAAGAGACCUGGUUUACUCUUGAACCAGGGGUGCAUUUCUCAAAACCAAAGUUGCUUACUACAUUAGCUACUUUGUUGAUUUCAAUGUAUUUUCCCAUUGGCAACUACUGAAGUUGCUAACAGGCUAACUACUUCUCUUUUGAGAAAUGCACCCCAGCUUUGUAGUAUAGGUCUCACGAGACCUCCACAGCAAGCUAUCACUCCAUGAUAAGCAAUAGAAACACACACAAACGCAUACACACCCCUGUCCAAAUGUGUUAUUUAUUUGCAAACUUACUUUCUCCUUUUCAGCGUGUAGGGUGGUUGUCAAAAUAUUCAUAUUUGCGUGCAGAAUCAUCUUCAAUCUGAUUUUUAGGACAAAUGUUGCAGAGAAACUGUUACUUUUUUCUCAGCAAGUUCAGGACAUCACCUAUGUUUAGUCUUUUUUUCUUUGUUUUGUUACAAGCUAAUAUAGUUUAUUUAAAAUACAACUAUUUUUCUACAGCAUUGUUUUAUUGUUUUAUAUGUGCAUUUCUGCCUUGUGUGUUAA